UUUCAAUUUCCUUCUACAAUGCAGCAUGUUAGAAGAUCGUCGUCGACGUCGUCAUUGGUGUCGAUGCAGACUUCAUCAAUGAGAACUUCUCAAGUUCUUGCAUUCCAUUCCCCAUCAAAAUGGAAAGCCCAUUUUGAAGCCUCCAAAGCAACUUCCAAACUGAUGGUUAUUUACUUCACUGCCUCAUGGUGUGUGCCUUGUCGCUUCAUGGAACCAGCCAUUGAUGAGUUUGCUGCUAAAUACACAGAAGUUGAGUUCAUCAAGAUAGAUGUGGAUGAGUUAAUGGAUGUGUCUCAAGAAUAUGGGGUGCAGGCAAUGCCGACAUUCAUAUUAAUAAAGAAAGGGAGAGUAGUUGACAAGGUUACAGGAGUCAGAAAGGAAGAGCUUCAGAAUAAGAUUGAGAAAAACAGGGCUUACCAUUAUUGUUCUUAAAAAAUUGUAUCAAUCAUCUUCACCUUCAUCUACAUUCUACAAGAAUCAUGAUGAUACUCGC